CAUCCCAGUGUGCAUUGCGUGUGCUUGCAAGGAAACAUGGAGGCUGAAUUGAAACGAAGGAGCUGUUGAUGGCUACAAACUGUAGAUUAAUGCAUGUUAAUAUUUUAAUAUUUUAAAACUAGCUCCACCAUGGAUUUCAACAUGGCACUUCUUUGAAAUCUGACAAACCCGUAAAAGUUUUGUGAUGUCGUUUCCUGAGCCCAGACCUGAGGCUCCUCAGCUUCCUCAGCAUCUCCUCAGGACCAUAGACUGCCGGCAAGGAGCCGUCAGAGCUGUUCGCUUCAAUGCUGAUGGGAACUACCUGCUGUCUUGUGGCAGCGACAAAUCUUUAAAGUUGUGGAGCGUGAGCCGAGGGACCUUGCUGAAGACGUACAGUGGCCAUGGAUACGAGGUUCUGGACGCUGACAGUUCCUAUGACAACAGCCACAUUUGCUCCUGUAGCUCUGACAAGACGGUGAUUCUCUGGGACGUGGGCACAGGGCAGGUCACACGCAAACUCAGAGGUCACGCUGGGAAAGUCAACUGUGUGCAGUUCAAUGAGGAGGCAACUGUCAUUUUGUCUGGGUCCUUAGAUGGGACGGUGCGAUGCUGGGACACCAGAUCCAGAAGAUACGAGGCCAUCCAGGUCCUAGACGAGGCUCGCGACAGCGUCAGCAGCCUCAAGGUGGCACAGCAUGAGCUGCUUACUGGGUCGGUGGAUGGCAGAGUGAGACGCUACGACCUGAGAAUGGGACAGCUGCAUGUUGACUUCAUCAGCAGUCCUAUCACCUGUGUGUGCUUCAGUCAAGACGGUCAGUGCACCCUCAGCUCCAGCUUAGAUUCAGCCGUCAGACUCCUGGACAAGAGCACCGGGGAAAUGCUCGGAGAGUAUACGGGACACAAGAUGAAGGGCUACAAGCUGGACUGCUGUCUGUCCAGUAAAGACACCCACGUCCUGUGUUGCUCAGAGGACGGACACGUUUACUGCUGGGACCUGGUAGAAGGCUCUUUGUCCCUGAAGCUCCCGGUGGGGAAAGCAGUCGUCCAGUCAUUGUCCUUCCAUCCCACAGAGACCUGCCUCCUCACGUCCAUGGAGGGACGAGUCCAGGUGUGGGGGACGGAGCCAGAGGGAAAAGACGAAGAGGAAGCCAUGGCCACGUAAAAGGAGAGGGUGGGGUGAAAGAAGUACAUGCCUGUGCUAAGAGGCAAAUGAACACGGGUUCCUAUAAAAAACUGAAACUAAAUCAGUAAUAAGAGUUGAGUAAAGUCCAAACUGGAGUUUAUACAAACUGUAUAGAUGUGGAGAAUAAUGUUUAAUUUGGUUAAAAGUUAUACAAAUGAAUGGCUAAAUUCUUUCAUUGGUCUCAUCGGUGGUUAAUUCUACACAUUUUUAGUUCUCGUGAAGGGAAAAACCCCGUUUAUGGUGGAUAAAAACGAUAUUUCACAGCCAGUAGAUGGGAAUCUAAUUUAGAUUCAUGGCUGAACCAGACACAGUUGACAAAAUGACAGAGGAUGUACAUUUUUUUUGUUGUUGUUGUUGUACGUUUGUGAAACAUUUAUACAUUUUUAUACAAAAACCUUGAAUAAACUUUGUGUAAAUCA